GCCAUGGCGGACAUGGAGGAUCUCUUCGGCAGCGACGCGGACUCGGAGGCCGAGCAGAAAGAUUCGGACUCUGGAUCUGAAUCUGAUUCUGAUCAGGAGAACGCUGGCUCUGGUAGUAAUGCCUCUGGAAGUGACAGUGACCAGGAUGAUGACAGAGAGGCAGUCAAACCUAGUAAUAAGGAGUUAUUUGGAGACGAUAGUGAAGAUGAAGGGGCAUCCCAUCACACAGGGAGUGACAACCAUUCCGAAAGAUCCUACAAUCGCUCUGAAGCUUCAGGACAUUCUGAGCAUGAAGAUAAUGAUCAGUCGGAUGUGGACCAGCACAGUGCUUCAGAAGCUGCUCAUGACGAUGAGGAUGACGAUCGCGGGCAUGGGUCUGAUGAAGGCAGUCAUCAUUCAGAGGGAGAUGGUUCUGAAAAAGCACAUUCAGAGGAUGAGAAGUGGGGCAAGGAGGACAAAAGUGAUCAGUCAGAUGAUGAGGAGAGGCAGCAGAACUCUGAUGAUGAGGAGAGACAGCAGAACUCUGACGAUGAGGAGAAAGCACAGAACUCUGAUGAAGAUGAAAGGCCGCAGGUAUCUGAUGAUGAGGAAAGGCUCCAGAACUCAGAUGAGGAGAAAAUGCAGAAUUCUGAUGAUGAGGAGAGGCCACAGGCCUCAGAUGAGGAAAAGAUUCAGAACUCAGAUGAUGAUGAAAGGGCCCAGCACUCUGAUGAGGAGAAAGUACAGAACUCUGAUGAUGAACGGGCCCAGCAUUCUGAUGAGGAGGACCAAGAGCACAAAUCUGUAGAGUCUGCGAGGGGCAGUGACAGUGAAGAUGAAGUCCUGCGAAUGAAGAGAAAGAAACCCAUUGCUUCAGAUUCAGAAGCAGACAGUGAUACAGAAGGACAGAAAGAGCAUGCAGAUGUCAUGGAUCUGUUUGGAGGUGCAGAUGACAUUUCCUCAGGGAGUGAUGGAGAAGAGAAGCCACCAACUCCAGGGCAGCCCAUUGAUGAGAAUGGACUGAGUCAGGAACAACAGGAAGAAGAGCCUAUUCCAGAGACUAGAAUAGAAGUAGAAAUACCAAAAGUAAACACAGACUUGGGUAACGAUUUGUAUUUUGUGAAGCUGCCCAACUUCCUUAGUGUGGAGCCCAGACCUUUUGACCCCCAGUAUUAUGAAGAUGAAUUUGAAGAUGAAGAGAUGCUUGAUGAAGAGGGAAGAACUAGGUUAAAACUUAAGGUAGAAAACACAAUACGAUGGCGAAUGCGGCGAGAUGAGGAAGGGAAUGAGAUCAGAGAAAGCAAUGCACGGAUAGUCAAGUGGUCAGAUGGAAGCAUGUCUCUUCACUUGGGCAAUGAGGUCUUUGACGUGUACAAGGCGCCAUUACAGGGAGAUCACAACCAUUUGUUCAUCAGACAAGGGACAGGUCUACAAGGACAGGCUGUUUUCAAGACAAAAUUAACCUUCAGGCCGCACUCUACGGACAGUGCCACUCACAGGAAGAUGACUUUGUCUCUGGCAGAUAGGUGCUCAAAGACCCAGAAAAUCCGUAUUCUGCCAAUGGCAGGUCGGGAUCCAGAGUCUCAGCGAACAGAAAUGAUUAAGAAAGAAGAGGAGAGAUUAAGAGCUUCCAUUCGCAGAGAAUCUCAGCAGCGAAGAAUGCGGGAGAAGCAGCAUCAGCGUGGUCUGAGUGCAAAUUAUUUGGAACCUGAUCGCUAUGAUGAAGAGGAUGAGGGAGAUGAUGCAAUCAGUCUAGCAGCUAUCAAAAACAGAUACAAAGGUGGCAUUAGAGAGGAACGUGCUAGAAUCUACUCUUCUGACAGUGAUGAAGGCUCGGAUGAAGAUAAAACACAAAGACUACUCAAGGCAAAGAAACUUACUAGUGAUGAGGAAGGGGAACCUUCUGGAAAGAGAAAAGCAGAGGAUGAUGACAAAGCAAGUAAGAAACAUAAGAAAUAUGUGAUCAGUGAUGAAGAGGAAGAUGAUGAUGAUUGAAGAAGCACACAAGUUGAUUUUUCUUUUAUAGAUAUAUAUUUAUAUAUAUAUUGUACAGUUCUCUUACAGCAAAGAUGUAAGUAACCAUAAUGGGGUUAUUUUGAUAAAGGAAAAUUCCAUUGAAGUCUGAGUUUCUGAUGUGAAUAAAGUUUUUUGACUUCCUUUUA